AUGCCAGAAGAAGCAGCGAGUAGGUUGCCUGUCGCCGCAAGGCUAAGACUCAGGCAGGACCGGUGGCUCGAGACGCUCGGCAAAGUCUUUCUCGUGAGCGAGGGCUACAUCGUCAGAAGGCCCCCAUCGCUCCUCGAAGACCUGUACAAGGUGAUCACCGUCGAGAUCUUCGGCAACGGUCGAUGCUUCGUGGUGGUGAUCAUCGAGCCCCCCGUGGAAGAGGAAAACCGGUCCGCUUGCUGGGAGAGCCUGGACGCGCUCCAGCGGGAGUAUUGGUUCCAGCCCGUCAGGGGACAGUCAAGAAAUCAGGACAUCUACGGGGCCCUGCAGAUGGGGGACGAAGUGAUCUUCACGAAGAAGGACCAGGACCCGCCAGCGAAAGACGGGGGACACGUGCCAGCGUCGAGAACCUUCGAGGCCGAGACGGUACUGAGCUGGGACGCGGAUAUCUCUGUGAUCGAGUUCCACCUCGAACAAGUGAAGUCCAAAAUUCAGAUAGCUAGGCUUCGUCGAUUGCUUGGCUCGGUAUCAAGGAUGGUGGUGAGACAGGGAGUGUUUGAAAUUGCAUGA